AUGGGGUUUGGCGCGACGUAUCAUGUCGAGCUAAUGGGUUGUGGAUAUCAGCUCAGAGCUGCACCUCCUGUGCACGGUUUUGCCAGGUGCAUGCUCUGCAUGGUGGAUAGCAAGAAGCACCAUACCAGCACCAUACCAGCAUCCAUACCAGCACCAUACCAGCACCAUACCAGCACCAUACCAGCACCAUACCAGCACCAUACCAGCACCAUACCAGCACCAUACCAGCACCAUACCAGCACCAUACCAGCACCAUACCAGCACCAUACCAGCACCAUACCAGCAUCCAUACUGACGCUACUGGCCAGGGAUGUAGACACAUUGCAGAAUAUCUCGUCGACUCUCUCGAACACCAUCUCGUCUGUACUUACAAACGCCGAUAACUUGACUGCUACAAUCAAGGACUUCACUCUCAGCUUUGGCAACAGGACUGUAAGAAAGUAUGGUGAUCGCCUGAAGUCCUGGAUCACAACGUUCUUCACCUUUGCUCAGAAUUUCAUCGCGACCAAAGCUGCCAACUGCAGACCAGUACACACCAUCUAUGAAGGCGUGGUGGAUUACCUGUGUGACUUCACUGUUGAUACAAUGAAUGGUUUCUGGCUAUCCUGUGGCUGGGCAUGCUUUUUCUUCGUCCCUGCCAUCAUCAUGGGCACGUGCCUGGAGCGCUUCUACCGCCGCAUGACAUACGAGGAAGGAUUUGACACUAACGAGGAAGGUUUCCAGCAUAGCCCAGGGACUGAGUUGAGGGAGUUGCAAUAUAGUGAUCCCCAGAAGUGCUAGUCAUCGGACAAGGCUGCAGUGCUGGACACGAAGAUAGGCUAUUUUUAUAUUUGAACUGUCCCCCCUCCCUCCCUCCCCCCCCCCCCCGAAUCUUGCAUGUGUUACCUACCCUCCACACUCGAUUGCUGUGAAGUAGCUACUAUAAUUUUUAUUCUCAUUAGACCUGAACGUUUGGUUGAUGCGUGUGUGGAGCAGCGCAUGGCCUGUAAGUUUUAGGUAGCCUCAAAUAGUGUACACAACACCUCCCCUCUGCUAAGGAGACCAGUGUGUGCAGACCAGUGUGUGCAGAUGAAUCAAGAAGCAAUGUUUGGCUAUCACACACAUGCACUCUUACUGUCACUCU